AUGACUUUGAACCAAGGCGCAACGAAUUUGCGACGAGCUCUGGAGGAUCCCAAUGGGUUCGUUGUGGCACCUGGUGUCUAUGAUGGCAUGUCGGCACGACUAGCUCUUGCCGCUGGGUUCGAUGCGCUGUACAUGACCGGUGCAGGAACCGCCGCUUCUGUACACGGACAAGCAGAUCUUGGUAUCUGCACAUUGAACGACAUGCGCAACAACGCAGAAAUGCUCUCCAACCUUUCACCAAGCACACCAGUCAUCGCCGACGCAGACACCGGAUACGGUGGACCGAUAAUGGUAGCUCGUACAACGGAACAAUACGCCAGAUCAGGAGUAGCGGCUUUCCACAUCGAAGACCAGAUACAAACGAAGCGAUGCGGACAUCUCUCCGGCAAGAUCCUCGUCGAUCGCGAAACCUACACAACCCGAAUUCGAGCCGCGGUGCAGGCACGCCAACGACUGGGUAGCGAUAUUGUGGUGAUUGCUCGCACCGACGCGCUGCAGGGACAAGGGUACGAGGAGAGUCUGGCGCGGUUACGUGCAGCACGCGACGCGGGCGCAGACGUCGGGUUCCUGGAAGGAAUCUCCUCGCGUGAGAUGGCAUCGCAGGCAGUGCGGGACCUUGCACCAUGGCCCUUGCUGUUGAAUAUGGUUGAGCAUGGAUCGACACCUUCGAUUUCAGCGGCUGAGGCGCGCGAGCUUGGAUUCAAGAUUAUCAUAUUUCCCUUUGCGACGAUCGGCCCGGCACUCACAGCCAUGCGAGACGGAUUGGAGAAGCUCAAAAAGGAUGGAUUGCCUGGAUUGGAUAAGGAAAUCACGCCACAGAUGCUCUUCCGGGUCUGUGGACUGGAUCAGAGUGUGCAGUUGGAUGCAGAGGCAGGUGGAGCUGCGUUUGAGGGGGGCGUAGAUUUGCGAUAG